ACUCCCUUUCCCCCGCGGCCGCACGCAUCAUCGAUUGCCCGAUCGCUUGCUUGCUUGCUCGCUCGCGCUCGCGCUGCCGCUGGUUGUCGUCGUCGCACGCACUGACCAGUGACUGCCACCCAGCGUCCAAUCCGAACCGGGGAGGGGACCAAUCCAGACGAGCGUGCGAGCUGCGCCUGCGUGCGCGCGUUCGCUUUCCCCGAAGGAAACGUGAGCCGAGGGAGCGGCAGGAGAGAGAGAGAGAGAGAGAGAGAGAGAGAAGGGAGAAGCCGCCAUGAAGCAGCAGGCACCAGCUGCCGCAGCAGCUGCCUCCUACUAGUCCAGGUCCUCGCCGUUAAAUCCACGAGCACCCCACAGCCCAGUCUCUCUCCUCCCGCCUCCCCGACCCAACCACAACACCAGAUCAGAGAUUCCGCCUGCGGCGUUGGCGCUUGUGCUAGCGUUUCCGUGAGCGGGCGACCGCCGGGAGCUUGAUGCGCCAGGGGCGGCGGCUCCACCCCGUCGUUUGAUGGGCAACGCAUGCGGCGGCUCCCUUAGAUCCAGGUACCUGCACAGCUUCAAGCACGCCGCGUCGCAGCGCCAGGACUCCGAGUACAGCGCCGGCGCCGCCGCCAACGACUCGCCGAAGAAGCCCUCCCGCCCGGCCACGCCGCCUGCCACCACGGACGCCCACGGGGGCCACGCCUCGGCCCCGCCCGCCGCCGGCAUGAGGCGCGGCGGGGCGGGCGCGCCGCCGGACCUCGGCUCCGUGCUCGGCCACCCCACCCCCAACCUCCGCGACCUCUACGCGCUGGGCCGCAAGCUCGGCCAGGGCCAGUUCGGCACCACCUACCUCUGCACCGAGCUCGCCACGGGGGUCGACUACGCCUGCAAGUCCAUCUCCAAGCGCAAGCUCAUCACCAAGGAGGACAUCGACGACGUGCGCCGCGAGAUCCAGAUCAUGCACCACCUCUCCGGCCACAGGAACGUCGUCGCCAUCAAGGGCGCGUACGAGGACCAGCUCUACGUCCACAUCGUCAUGGAGCUCUGCGCCGGCGGCGAGCUCUUCGACCGGAUCAUACAGCGCGGACACUACAGCGAGCGCAAGGCCGCCGAGCUCACCAGGAUCAUCGUCGGGGUCGUCGAGGCCUGCCACUCGCUCGGGGUCAUGCACAGGGACCUCAAGCCCGAGAACUUCCUGCUCGCCAACAAGGACGAUGACCUCUCGCUCAAGGCCAUCGAUUUCGGGCUCUCUGUCUUCUUCAAGCCUGGUCAAGUUUUUACCGAUGUUGUUGGUAGCCCAUAUUAUGUCGCUCCAGAAGUUUUGUGCAAAAAUUAUGGACCAGCAGCUGAUGUAUGGACAGCCGGUGUCAUUCUCUACAUUCUACUUAGUGGUGUACCCCCGUUUUGGGCAGAAACACAGCAAGGAAUAUUUGAUGCCGUAUUGAAAGGUGUUAUUGAUUUUGAUUCUGAUCCCUGGCCUGUGAUUUCUGAUAGCGCAAAAGAUCUUAUUAGGAGAAUGCUGAAUCCCCGCCCCGCAGAACGCUUAACAGCACAUGAAGUUCUAUGUCAUCCAUGGAUUCGUGAUCAUGGAGUAGCUCCUGACCGUCCACUUGAUCCAGCUGUCUUAUCUCGCAUUAAACAAUUCUCUGCAAUGAAUAAGUUGAAGAAAAUGGCUUUACGAGUAAUAGCUGAGAGCCUCUCAGAGGAGGAAAUUGCUGGGUUGAAGGAAAUGUUCCAGACCAUGGAUACGGAUAACAGUGGUGCAAUUACAUAUGAUGAGCUAAAAGAAGGAUUGAGAAAAUAUGGCUCCACACUAAAGGAUACUGAGAUUCGUGACCUUAUGGAUGCAGCUGAUAUCGACAACAGCGGGACAAUUGACUAUAUAGAAUUCAUAGCUGCAACAUUGCAUCUCAAUAAGCUGGAGCGUGAGGAACAUCUCGUGGCAGCCUUUUCAUACUUUGACAAAGAUGGUAGUGGCUACAUCACAGUGGAUGAACUGCAGCAAGCUUGCAAAGAGCAUAACAUGCCAGAUGCUUUUCUUGAUGAUGUCAUUAAUGAAGCAGAUCAGGACAAUGACGGCCGCAUUGACUAUGGAGAGUUUGUUGCCAUGAUGACCAAGGGCAAUAUGGGAGUCGGUCGAAGAACAAUGCGAAACAGCCUGAAUAUCAGCAUGAGGGACGCACCUGGUGCAUUCUAGAGACUUGACAUGAUGUACAGUUUGUGGCUUAGCUUCUUCCUGUGUCUUGCUGCCCUAUGAAGCCUUCUGCAAUUUUUCAAAAUGUUAAGUGUCUGUGUGGAUGUGUUUUACUGGGGAUUCUGAUUCAACUCUUGUGAUUGAUUCCAUGAAAUGCAUAACAAGAUGUCCAUGCCAACUCUUA